CAAAGUUGCUCUGUAGCAGAGACAUCAUCUUAGAGCUUUGUUCCAAUUCCAGAAGCAUGUAGUGCCACUUCCAGAAGUGGCAUCAUGAGUCAGCAUAUAAAAAGCUGUGAUUUGAUGGUAUUGUUGUAUUUUAAAGAAGCUUUAUAUUUGGUGGCAUUUCUGAUACUGCUCAGAAAACAAACAAUGUGUUGUCACCUUCUUUUUCACUGUAAUUAAUGGAAUAAUGAAAACCUGCUUUUGGUGCUUUACUGCCACCACCAGGCCAUGUGGCACAACUUCCACAUAACAUCAUUUUUAAACAACAGAGUCGGAUCACGGCCCAGACCAUAUGAUUUUGCACAAGUUGACCUGCAGGAGCAUCUUUAACCCACACCUGCAGGUAGUCCUGAGAACCUCCUGGUGCAGCAGACUCAUGACCAGACCCACUUCAGAUCUCGCGGCUUUCAGGGAGAUUUUCUCCAAAGCCAACAACAUAGCGGUUAUCACAGGAGCAGGAGUGAGUGCUGAGAGCGGUGUCCCCACCUUCAGAGGAGCCGGAGGCUACUGGAGAAAGUGGCAGGCACAGGAACUGGCCACUCCGGAGGCAUUCUCCAGGAAUCCCUCACGUGUCUGGGAGUUUUACCACUACCGCCGUGAGGUCAUGCUCACAAAAAAUCCCAACCCCGCCCACCUGGCCCUCGCCGAGUGUGAGCAGCGACUAUGCAAACAGGGUCGCAGUGUCACGAUAAUCACUCAGAACAUUGAUGAGCUCCACCGGCGCGCUGGAUCCAAAAACAUCCUGGAAAUCCACGGCAGUCUUUUUAAAACACGCUGCCUGAGCUGCGGUCACGAAGCAACCAAUUACGACAGCCCAAUCUGUGCUGCUCUGCAGGGCAAAGGGGCUCCAGAUCCCGAAACACACGACGCUCAGAUUCCUGUCCAGGACCUGCCCAGGUGCAAGGAGGUGGGAUGCCACGGCCUCCUCAGACCAGCUGUGGUUUGGUUUGGAGAGACCCUGGACUCGGACAUCCUGACCCAGGCGGAGCGGGUGUUGGACAGCUGUGACCUCUGCCUUGUCGUCGGUACCUCGUCCGUUGUGUAUCCAGCAGCCAUGUUUGCACCACAGGUGGCAGCCAGAGGCGUCGCUGUGGCCGAAUUCAACAUGGAAGACACACCGGCCACCAUGCGCUUCAAGUUCCACUUCCAGGGACCGUGUGGCACCACUUUACCUCCCGCGUUGGCUCACCACGAGUCUGAGCAAAAGUGACAACAAGUCCUGGACUCAGCUGUGACUCUUUGUCGGGGCUUCAGACAUCAGUCAAUGGACUCAGACCAGACGGUCCAAACCCCAGAGGGCUUCAACGGUACGAAAACCAAAAGCCAGACCGACCGGUACUCAGAGAACCUCCGCUUGGGUAUGAAGAUCUCUCUCCAAACCACAGAGGAGGGAAGUCAGAUUCUUUUAUCAUUUUAGCAAUAAAUUUUCACUUUAACACACUAGAAUGAUGCUGACUGGAAACAAUGUAGAAAUACUUUAAAACACUGUUUUGGUGAUGGAUUAAAAUGAUUGUUUGUUUCUUGUUUAAUGAAAGAAGUUUGUGAAAAAGAAGACUAUCACAUACACACACACUCCUUUUAUAGGAAGUGAAUGGUGAAAGUGCAACAACAGGGGGCAGUAUUGAGCUGCUGGUCACUGUGAAACAGUCAUUCCUUCCAGAGGGUCUGUGGGAUGGUUCUGGUUCCAUGUGGUGUGUGAAAUCAGUUUUUGAAGAAGAUUUAAAGAACUCUGUGUGACAUUUAAGAGAAGCACUUUAUUGUGAAGGAUUUGUAAUUUGGGAGCUUUAUACCAGUGUGCGGAUUUUCCUUUUCUUUUUCUUGUGUUGAAUUCCUGAUUAUCCUUCACCUGGUCUAAUAUAGGAUUGGAUGUGCGUACAACUAUCACCAUUUUUCUUUGGGUUUGUAAGUUAUGGCUCGUAUGCUGUGUUACUGAUGCUGCACACGGAUGUGAAAGUAUUUCUGAUUCAAAUAAAUCUCACGAGUGCA